CGCUGCGCGAGGGAGCUCUGCCUCAUCCCCCCGCUCUCUCCCGUAUGAGCUCUAUAUAAACAGGCCUGCCCCUCCGCGGCGCACGCGCUUCGUUCCUCCUCGUCCCCCGCCUUCGCCUCCUCUCCCCGUCUCCCUGCAGAGAGCGCCGCAAGUUGCAGGCAAGAGGGGGAUAGGAGGAGGAAGAGAGCAGGAGAUGGCAGGCUGCGGCGGAGCCAAGUCAUCGGUCUGCAUCUGCAAGGAGGAAGAGGCAUGCGUUGAGAAGAAGUACGGUGGAAUUGCACCCAAGAAGCCUUUGAUAUCCAAGGACCACGAGCGCGCCUACUUCGAUUCAGCAGACUGGGUGCUCGGCAAGCAAGCUGCAAAUAGCAGCACAAGGGCUGCUGUUGAGUCUCUGAAGCCCAAGCUGAAGUCUUCUUCUUGCCCUAUCCAGAGAACGCCUCACCACCAGCUCCCCCCUCGCAAGCCGACCUGCGCUUCCAGCUGAGACGCACGUGCAGCUGCUGGAGGGAGUGCUCGGAGCCUUGGAGGCAAGAAAGGGAGAAUGCAUGGUGCGCUCGGAUAAAUGCUUGGCCGCUGGUCCGAAAUCGUAGGGGUGGAUCAGAAGCUCGAGGUGCAAUCUGGCUACUAGCUUGGCGGUUGCAAUCUCUACUAUGUCUAUCACCAGAACGGAUUAAUUAUCAGCAUCAUGCUUAAGUUAGAUGGUACUUGGUGUAUGAACUAAAAGCUUUCUCAUUUGUGGGAAAAAGAACAUUUGUCCAUUA